UUGUAGUUCCAUGUUUACUUUGAAGCACGGUCCGACAAAAUGGCUUCAGUACCACGGUCGUUUUUGUUACUGUCAAUUAUUCCCACAAUACUUAUUUUGUGUGCUGAUUUUGCGUGUUGCAACACUGGCAGAAAGACUGGUGAUGGACUGGACACAGACUUCAGUGGAUUCUCUGUCCCUUUUGAGCAUUCCUUUGAAGUUGAUGAUGUGUCUCGGUUCCGUAUGCGUGGAGCUCUGCAGUUAAGGGGUGGGAGGGAGACCAGUGUGUCCCUCUCCCAGAGCCAGCUAUCAGAGGAGGACAGGAACACUCUGAAGGAAGUGGCUGUUGUGGAUGGUCUGUACAAAAUCCGAGUGCCCAGAGUGUCUUUGACAGACAGGCAGACAGAGCGCCAGAUGGAUGGCUACCUGACGGCGUUCGUCAGAGCGUGCUCUUUAGUUGAGUCCCACCUCAGCGAUGUCAUCACCCUCCACACUGAUGUCUCUGGCUACCUCAUCGGCGUUUCCAUAGUGACCAUUCCAGGCGCGUGUCGGGGGACAGAGGUGGAGGACGAAGUUGAUCUGGAAGCCUUUAACACUACGCUGACCAUCAUAGCGCCUACCAAUGCACCCCAGCCGGAGACUGCUCUAUUUAUUGAGCGCAUGGACAUAGAACAUGAAAAGAGAGGCAAGCCACAGGAGCAGAAAUCCUUCUUUGCCAAAUAUUGGUAUUUGAUUCUGGGAGGUGCAAUCUUCCUCAUGGCCAGCAGUUCGGCACAACCCUCAGCAGGGGGAGCCGAAGAGCAGCAGAGCUGAUUCCCACUCAAUGGAUGUACAUUGUUCCCCUCGUUCUCUUCCUGAUGAUGUCAGGAGCUCAGGAUCAGUCCGGGGGUGGUGCAGCUAACGGAGGAGGCCGAUGAUCGCCAUGCCAACAUGAUUUAUGUGGAGCAGUUUCUUCUACUUGUAAAUAGUUAUGUAGAGAAAUGCACACCAUUCAACACACUGUUACACAUAGACUAAUAUGGACAGAUGAGCUAACCUUGAGAACGUAUGUCAUGAACUUCAUUUUUAAUAUUGAAGUGAUGGGGAAAAUAAAAUAUUUAUUACUACCUGA